AUGCCUCCAAAAAGCAUUAAGAAGGAAGAAAAGCCAUUGUGGACUAAAUGUAAUACAUGUAAAUACUUAAUUCCACAUUACAAGAUAGAAUCUCAUGCAGAAUGUAAAGCAGAUGGGAUAUUAUUUGGCAUGAAAAGUAACUCACUUUUUACGGAUAAAAUUUACACAAAUGUGCCAAAAGAAAUUGAAGACCUCCAGUCAACUUACGCUGAAAGAUUCAUCUUAGUUCCUCAUACAAUAGCUUCAGUAUGCUUCUUUACGAUGAGUAAUAAUUUGCUCAUUGAAUUUGAUGGAAAGUCAUACGCCAGAAACGCCUGGAUUAUAAACAAUGAUGAGCAUGUUGAUCGCGUGUAUUCAACAUCUAAAGAGUUUCAAAGACAGCGAGAAAGCGACAAACCAAUAGUCAUAAAAUCAUUUACAGGAACUGUUAAAAUCGCACAAAAAGUAAUCUUCAAAUGUGAUCAAAAGAUCCAAAAUACUAUGGAACUUUAUAGACUUCUUCGUGCAAAAAUCAGGAACACAACUAUCCAUCAUUCGAAUAUCAUUGUUAUUGAGUUCUUAAAUAAGGAGUUUGUGUUCACAAUACAAUCAAUUGAUGAACGACGUGAAAGGGAAAUAGAGCAACUUAUGGAUGAACUGAAUAUUGAAAAUGAAGUGUUUUAUUUUGUUGAACCAAAAACAAUCGUUAAAUUAGCUCAAGAAGAAGAUGGUCCUCGUAAAGUUCUCAAAAUGGAAGAAUUAACAGACAUAGGUGGACUGGAUGAAAUCUACGAUGAUGUGUACAAAACUAUGGGUUAUGCAUUUAAUCAAUUAGAUGAAACGACAUCGACAAAAGCCUUUAGAGGAGUAUUAUUACAUGGAUUGUCUGGAGUUGGCAAAACAAUACUCACAGAUUCUCUUGUCAAAGGUUAUCUGGGCUGUAAACCAAUUCGAAUUGAUUCCUGGAAGAUUUUUAGCAAGUUUUAUGGCGAGUCUGAAGAUAAUUUGAGGAAGCUUUUUGAUGAAGCAUUUAAAAUUUAUCCAUGUUCUUGCGUGAUUAUUAUCGAUGAAAUAUCCAAUAUAUGUCCGAAAAAUGAUAGCUCCGAUGUCGUGCGACGAGUUUCGUCCUUGCUGAUAUCACUAAUCGAAAAAGUUCAUCAAACGGUUCAAGGAAGUAAAACUUUCAUUAUUGCAACCACAAAUAAUCUUGAUAAUGUAGAUCCAGCACUAAGGAGAAGUGGUCGAUUAGACUAUGAAGUUGAAAUUCCAGUUCCAAAUACAAAAAUGCGAAAAGCAAUUUUGGAAAAGAAACUUGUAAGAUUCGCAUUUGAUGAACAUCUUAUCGAUAAUUUGGCAAAACUUACUCAUGGCUAUGUUGGUGCUGACUUGGUCAAAUUAAUUGAGAAGUCAAAAAAAAUAGAAUCUGAGCAAUUAUUAUUGUCAUUUAAUGAUAUUUUAGCGAAUCUAUCAUCAGUCAAGCCAAGUGCUAUGCGUGAAUUGAUGAUUGAAAAGCCAAAUGUUAAAUGGUCAGAUAUUGGUGGCAUGCAAGACUUGAAAUUGAAACUUAAACAAGUUAUUGAAUGGCCUUUAGAACAUCCAGAUACAUUUAGAAGACUUGGAAUCAAACCACCGUCAGGAUUGUUGAUGUUUGGUGCUCCAGGCUGUUCAAAAACGAUGAUCGCAAAGGCAUUAGCAAAUGAAAGCAACUUAAACUUUAUAUCCAUUAAAGGAUCUGAUUUGUUCUCAAUGUGGGUUGGUGAAUCUGAAAAAGCAGUUAGAGAUGUCUUCGUUAAAGCUAGACAACUAGCACCGUGCAUUAUAUUUUUUGAUGAAAUCGAUGCAAUUGGUGGAGCAAGAGAAAGUGGAAGUAAUGUUAAGGAGCGCGUUUUAGCACAAAUUUUAACAGAAAUGGAUGGAGUUCAUGCACUUAAAAAUGUCAUAAUUAUAGCAGCAACAAAUCGCCCCGAUUUAAUUGAUACAGCAUUAAUGCGUCCAGGUCGAUUGGAUAGAAUUGUAUACGUCAAAUUACCAGAUCAUGAUACAAGACGUGAAAUAUUCAGAGUAAAGCUUCAAAAUGUUCCAGUCUCUGAUGAUGUUGAUGUAGAAGCUCUUGUAGGCAGGACUGAAGGAUAUUCUGGUGCAGAAAUCGAAGCUAUUUGUAAGGAAGCAGCAUUAAAGGCUUUAGAAGAUUCGUUUGAUAUACAAGCAAUAGAAAUGAAGUAUUUUUGGCAUGCCUUAGAAGUUGUUAAGCCACGUACUAGUCCGGAAUUGUUAGAAAUUUAUAACCAAUACGAAAAUAGGAAAUAA